AUGUUCAACGCGGUCUCUUUGUUAGCCGUCGUGAGCGCAGCGGUGUCCGUGCAAGCUUGGGCCAAUCCUUUCCCUGUCGAAACGUGCCAUGGCGUCGACAUCAAGGACAUCACUGUCGCGCGCCUGCAGGAGCACUUUGACGCCGGGAACCUCACGUCCGUACAGUUGUGCGAGUGCUACGUUGCUCGCUUGAACAAAACGAACCCACACGUCCAUCACGUCAUUGAGAUCAAUCCCGACCUUCACGACAUUGCUUCGAAGCUCGACGCGGAGCGCGCAAACGGUACUACGCGCGGACCUCUACACGGUAUCCCCAUCAUCAGCAAAGACAACAUCGCGACCGACGAUGGGUUCAACACCACCGACGGCAACCUUGCGCUUCUCGGUAGCAGGGUAAAACAAGACGCCCACGUCAUCAAGAAGCUGCGCGAGGCAGGCGUCAUCAUCUUGGGGCAUGCCAACGAGAGCGAGGAUGCCGAUCAUCGUGCAGUCAUCUCUUUCUCCGAGGGCUACUCGGACCGUGGUGGUCAGACUCGCAACGUUUGGAAUGGCACUCAGCAAACUGCUGGUAGCAGUACUGGCAGUGCACAAGCUGUUGCUGGCUACAACAUCCUCAUGGCUAUCGGCACUGAGACGCACGGAUCCAUCGUGCACCCCGCUGGUCAUGCUGGCGUCGUUGGCCUCAAGCCCACUGUGGGCCUCACCUCACGUGAUGGCGUCAUCCCAGGCUCGCACAACCGCGACUCUGUUGGCUCCUUUGCCCGCAAUGUGCAUGAUGCCGCGCUUCUUCUCGAUGUCAUGUACGGUGUCGAUGAGAACGACGACAAGUCUUUCGGUCAGGUUGGCCGUACCCCGUCCGGCGGCUACGCUCAGUUCGCGACCAACAAGAGCGCGCUUGCUGGAGCCGUGUUUGGUAUCCCGUGGCACAUAUGGUGGUCUACGGUCGCAGGUGUUCGCGCUCCUGGCAACUCGGAGAAGUUGCUCGCAAAGAUCAAGCAGUUGGAAGAUGCCGGCGCCACGAUUGUCAACAUCACGGAGCCGCUGCCCUACUCUGAUGAUAUCCAGAACGCCUACGGCUGGGGAGAUGCUGCCGGUACCCCUUACUGGUUGCAGAGCGCGCGCUACCUCAACGUCGACCUCUAUGUUGGGUACACAGACUGGCUACAGAACAAGAUCACAUGGCCCAGAGGUCGCAAUGACACCACGGACUUGCCGCUCAACAACCUGGGUGAUCUCGUAGUAUGGAACGCUCAACACAAUGCCUCAACAGGCGCGCUCGGGGGACAUUUCCCAUGGAACUCGGGUCAAGAUCAGCUUAUAGCCGCUGUUGCCACCGCUGGCAUUCGUAACGAAAAGUAUUACACUGCCUUGAACUGGCGCCAGAGUCGCUCGAUGGCGUGCAUCGACGGCGGUUACGUGUACACGAACGGGAAUGGUACGACUAUCGAGCUUGACGCGCUUCUCAUCCCGAAUGUCGGCGGUGGCGGUGCUUCAAGCUCUUUCAGCAGUGUUCUUGAUGCGGCUACGUACCCCGGGAUCACCAUCCCCAUCGACAUUGAUCCUUGGAAGCUCCCGCUCGGCCUCGGCAUCUGGGGCCGCGCCUACGGCGAGGGCAAGAUGAUCAAGUGGGCUAGCGCGAUGGAGGACCUCUUCCAGUUCAACGCCAACUUUGAGCCGGAGUUCAUCAACUAUAACACAACGAAGAUCCCCUUUGACGCCCGUUGGCCCGGAUACUCGUGCACGACGGACUCACUUACCCAUCUCGGCUGCUCACCGGCGUGA